AUGUGUGUUUUUUGGCAAAAAAUAACAUCAAAUUAUGGGCAAAAUGGUAGAAAACGUUUUUGCUUUACAGGAUUGGCCUAUGCGUUGCUUGCAUCUCUCUCCCCAAUUGUUGGUUUGUACACGUCUUUCCUUCCUGUUCUUAUUUACUUUGUUCUUGGAACAUCAAGACAUUUAGCUGUAGGUAAGUUGUACUCAUUAUAUUGAUGGUUUUUACAAUUUUUGGUUGAAAUACAUUGUCGAACUGGCUAAACAAAAACACUCUUUACUGUCUGCACUUUAAAGAGAUGAUACUUGCUUCUCUAUACACUAGGACAAAUGAUGGAACUUUCAAACUUAUGGAAAAACCCAUAACCGAACAUUUGAAACACUUUGGAAAUGCAACAGUUUUGACCUAGAGUUCAGUAGACCGUAUGCCGUAACAUUGCCUCGUAAAUAUGUUUUAAAUUUGCAUGUAAUAUCGAUAAACCUUCCCCAAUAAGUAGACCCGGCCCUUUGUACUGUGCUUGUAGUUACUGUGGGAUACUCUGCUUACAUGAGUAUCGAUAAUUUCUGAAGCACUUUGUACGUCAGCUUGAAUUAGUAAAAAAAAGUGCUUAGUGUUCUUAAUAUUUUUUCCAGGAACGUUUGCAAUCAUAUCCACAAUGGUUGGAGAGGUUUGUGACAGAGAGGUUACAAAACAUUUGCCGGGUUCAAUGGGGAAUUUGUCAUUGAAUUCAUCAACUGGGGAUAAUCUAGAUAGCUCAAUGGAUGAUGCGAAGUUGCAAAUUGCUAUAUCAUUGACUCUACUGGUCGGAAUAAUCCAGGUCAGUAUGAAAGCGCCCCCUGUUCAACAAAUUAUAAUGUUCUGAUGUUUGUGAUGUUACUCUGAGUGUAUAUCCACACCGGGCAAGCGUGAAAAAUAUGCCUGGCCACGGUGGGAAUCGAACCUACGACCUUUGGAAUACUAGCCCAAUGCUCUGCCAACUGAGCUACGCGGUCAGGUCGGUUCGAGUAUGUGAUAUUUCGGAACUGAAUCUAGUUCCUUGGAUGUCAAUGCAAUCUAGUGAUCAUGAUUUUUUUUGUGUUGGUGUUAUGUACUCAGGUGAAUAUGAUUAUGUGAUAUUUCAGUUCCGAAAUAUCACAUACUCGAACCGACCUGACCGCGUAGCUCAGUUGACAGAGCAUUGGGCUAGUAUUUCAAAGGUCGUACUGUAGGUUCGAUUCCCACCAUGGCCAGGCAUAUUUUUCAAGCUUGCUCGGUGUGGAUAUACACUCAGAGUAACAUCACAAACAUCGUAUUCACCUGAGUACAUAACACCAACACAGAAAAACUAAAUGUGUAAGAAUAAACAACUUACGUAAUGUAAAUAAUGAUAGUUUAUUAGCUACCCAGACCAUUGUCUGAAAUUAUUAAUAAACAGAACUUUGUGUCUAAAGUAUCGUUGUUGAUCUGUAAAAAUUUAAUUCUUCUGCACUGUUGUAUUACUAAAUAGUAUCCUUUUUCCAGGCUGCGAUGGGCCUCGUACAUCUUGGUUUUAUUACAGUUUAUCUGUCACGACCUCUGGUCAGCGGAUUUACAACUGGAGCAGCUUUUAUUGUUUUUACCAGUCAAGUGAAGUAUUUCUUUGGUAUGAAGCCGCCUAGUUAUGCUGGUGCAUUUGCUUUGCCCAAAGUGAGUUUUGUCGUACUCUGCAUUCCCAAUAUGUUGGGCCAAAUGCCAAUGGCAUUGGCCAAAAUCUUGAGAAAUGGCAGGCCAAAAUAAUUUUGAACAAAAAAUUGUUUAAUUUUAUUUGCUUACCACAUACUGGUAUAGUUAAUUUUCUGCGUUAAUAAUGACUUACGUGGUGGAGAUAUUUUAAAAUACAAUUACUUAACAACCAAUGAAGAACUUAUAACAAGUGAUGCUGGUUCAUAACACUUCCUUUUCACUGUUUAGACGUACAUAUACAUUUUCAAGAAUAUAUCGGAAACGAACGUUGCAGCAUUGCUUACUGGAAUAAUAUGCGUAAUCCUUUUGGCGUUGGUCGACUACUUAAAUAGACGAUACCAAUCUCGUUUACCUUUUCCUAUACCCUCGCAACUUUUGGUCAUUAUAAUUGGUUCAUUUGUCUCACAUCAGGCUAAUCUAAAUUCAGCGUUUGACGUGUCUGUUGUUGGUAGUAUACCUCGAGGACUACCACCAUUCUCUGUGCCUAAGCAUAAAUACUUCACUGACCUAAUCGUUGACGCAUUGUUGAUAUCUAUCGUGGCAGCAACGACUAAUUUGUCCCUUGUUAAAUUAUUCUCCCAAAAACACGAGUACAAAACGGAUAGUAACCAAGAGCUGUUGGCGUACGGGACUGUGAAUAUUAUCAGCUCGUUUUUCUCGAGUUUUGUUUCAUCUGGUUCACUGUCGCGCUCAGUGGUGCAAGAGAGCAUGGGUAAAACACAGAUUGCCAGUUUGAUAUCAAGCUUUGUGAUUCUUCUUGUCUUGUUAUUCAUUGCUCCGCUGUUUGAACCGCUUCCUAAGCCUGUCCUAGCCGCUAUCGUUGUAGUGUCUCUUCGCAAGCUGUUUAUGCAGUUUGAACAGUUGAAGACUAUCGGUAGAAUUUCAAUAAUCGAUGCGAUGGUAUGGCUAAUUUCUUGCUUUGCCGUGAUUCUUCUUGGUAUAGUAAUGGGACUUAAUAUCGGAUUUGGGAUCACAUUGCUCUCGAUUAUACACCGAUCUUCGCACGCGAAGGUGAAAACUUUGGGACAUCUGAGACAAACAGAUCUCUACCGAGACCGCGAACUAUGCUUAGGUACAAAGACUAUCAAGGGAAUUCGAGUAUUACAAUUUCAAGGAGCGUUGAUUUUUGUAAACGCCGAGGAACUUUUGGAUACAAUGGUGGAAAUGAUGCGUGAGAAGUGUCCAGGAAGACAUAAAACUGAUAGCAUAAGUAUCAGUGUUAGUGCAGAACCAGAG